CGCACAGAAGUGCCCACGGCCCAGGUCAGUCCAAGGGAAGCCUCGUAAGCCGCCCCCUCGGCGCAUGCCCUGGCCUCAACCGGCCUGGGUUUGAAUCUCCGUUGGGCAUCUCUAUGUAGAGUUUGCAUGUUCUCCCCGUGCGUGUGUGGGUUUUCUCCGGGUACUCCGAUUUCCUCCCACAUUCUUAAAAACAUGCAUGUUAGCUUCAUUGGGGACUCUACAUUGUCCAUAGGUAUGAAUGUGAGUGUGAAUGGUUGUUUCUCUAUAUGUGCCCUGCCAUUGGCUGGCCACCAGUCCAGGGUGUACCCCGCCUGUUGCCCAAAGUCAGCUGGGAUAGGCUCCAGCGUACCCGUGACCUUAAUGAGGAUAAGCGGCAUAGGAGAUGGAUGGAAAUGAAUGCAUUAUUAUUUUAUUAUAUUUUAUUAAACCGCAUAAUUUUUAGAAAUGUAAUCAAACUUAAACUUAAAUAAUCAAAGGCCAUAGUGUGUAACCCAGAGUGUUUUGUCAAUAGUAACCAGCAGACGGCGCCUCUAAAACUGACCUCAGAUCCUAUUAAAAAGCAGAAACAAUUAUUUUAGCAUUUUAUGAUAAUAUAAUUAAUAUAUAUAUUAUAUAUAUGUAUAUAUUAUAUAUUAUAAUUUGUCAUUUAAUAACCCCAAAACACAACUGUAAUUACUGUGUUUUUAAAAUCACAGGAUAUUUAAGUCUAACUCCGUGUGGCGCCAACUCUCAUGUGUUUACGUGAUUUUGUGUGUGUUUUAAUGUGUAAUUUAUGGUUAGGUCAAACAUUUAUUCAUAUUUUUUUUUUGAUGAAGUUAAAUGAUUAACUCCCCGCUGUUUGCUCAUGUGCGGCCUGCCAGGUGCACGGACCGCUUCCCUGGUCAACACAUGAAGCAUUUUUGUCAUUCCUCACUGAUGACAUCGUCUCACAGCCGCAAAGCGUUAGCCGCGUGUGUUGAGUCAAACGGGGGCAAGACGAUGAUCAUAAUAAAGUGAUGAAGCCUUCGAUAAGUUUGACUGGGAGGAGAAACUGAUAGUAGAAGUAAGAUCGACUCCAGGAAAAGACGGGUUCAGACAAGUUGAGGCGGGCGAUGACAGGAGGGGGCAAGUCGUCUCUGUGGGUUCACCUCAGAAAAGCGGGCCACUACAGUGUCCAGCAGAACCACAGCGGCCUUCCUGAGAGCAGACAUGGCGGGUCGGUCGAGGCCAAUCCAAGCGUAGAGGCUCAGCGUCCCCGCUCCUCCGUCUGCUCCAAUCCUGGCUCCAGUCCCAAACAGCAAAGCCCCAACUCCAGGCCUAGACCCCGGCCAGCAUGUCAGCGCUGCAAUUCCCAGGACUCGCUGGAUGAGCUGGAGAUGGACGACUACUGGAAGGAAGUGGAGAACAUCACUCGCUCUGCGGGGGCCGCAGUAGAAAAGAAUGAAGGGGAGUCGCAAGACGAGGAGCAGCAGAAAACCCCCGAUGGAGAGCAAGAGGAAGCGUGGCUCACGGAGGCGGGACUUGCGCAGCUGUUUGAUGACUCAUUGGCAGCUGACCAGGAACAGGAAGAGGACAGCGCCGUGUUCCUGUCAACGCUGACCAGAACUCAGGCGGCAGCCGUGGAGCGACGGCUACAAACGCUGCGGCGCCGCAACCGGCAGCACCUACCCGACGUCAGGGAUAUAUUCAGGCAGCCCGAAAAGGACAGAGAGCCACGAGAGGUCAAAGAGGGAAGUGAGAGCCCACCGAGCGACUCCAACUCAGCCGAACCCGAGACGGUCAUGAACGAUGAUGUGGCAUUUUCAGAGCAGGCGCUCAGCUACAGGGACAACCAGCAUGGCCUCACCAACAAAACCAGCCCCGACUCGCCAGAUGACAAAUUACCGAACUUUAGGUUACUGAGAGACAAAACCGGUCAGACCAGAAUUGGACAUCUGUCCCCCCUGGAUAUGAAAAAGGUUCGAAGACUCGCUCUGGUUGAGGUGACGGCUCUUUUUGACACAGGCGGCAUCGACCUGAAGGCUCACAAGGCUGUCAAAACCAAGUCUAAAGAAAGUGGUCUCUUUGGGGUUCCCCUUGUCACAUUAUUAGAACAGGACCAGAGGAGGGUCGCCGGGACCAAAGUGCCUUUCAUCCUGCAGAGGCUUAUCAACCACAUAGAAGAGGAAGGAUUAGACACCGAGGGCCUGCUGAGGAUCCCUGGCGCCGCCACUCGAGUCAAGUCACUGUGCCUGGAGCUGGAGUCCUGCUUCUACGACGGGACGUUUCCAUGGCAACAGUUGAAACAGCAUGACGCGGCUAGCCUCUUGAAGCUGUUCAUCAGGGAGCUGCCGCAUUCAUUGCUGACUGUCAAGUACCUCAACGCCUUCAUCGCCGUCAACAAGUUGCCCACAAAGAAUCAGCAGCUGCAGGCUUUGAAACUGCUGGUCCUUUUGUUACCGGAGGCCAAUCGGGAUAGUUUAAAGGCCCUGGUGGAGUUCUUCCAGCGCGUGAUCGACCACCAGGCCAACAACAAAAUGACCCUUAACAACGUCUCGGUCGUCAUGGCGCCCAACAUCUUCAUGUUCAAGGGAUGUCGCUCAAAGGUCACAGAGCAGCAGGAGUUCUCCAUGGCGACCGGCACGGCCAACAUCAUGCGCCUGCUCAUUAGAUACCAGAACCUGCUGUGGACUAUCCCAAAGUUCAUCCUGUCGCAGGUGCGACAGCAGAACAUGGAGAGCCAGCGCAAGCAGAACAAAGAGAGAGCGAUGAGGAAGCUGCUGAAGAAGAUCACCACUGACAAACCACCUGACAAAGCUGUGCCUGAGCAGGAGAGUACGCAGGGUUUCAUCCGUGUCCUGGCGCCACAGUUCAGCAAAGUGUCCAUGGCUGUUGAGCUCACAGAAGACUUGCAGGCGGCCGACAUACUCACGCGCUUUCUCAGCCAGGACAGCUCUGUGGCAGUGAAGCGAGAGGAGCUGUGUCUAUAUGAGAUUGGCGGAAACAUCAAGGAGAGAUGUCUGGAUGGGGAAACCUACAUGAAAGACCUCUUCCAGCUCAACCCAGCAGCAGAGUGGGUCAUUAAAUCUGCACAGUAAAGACCACUUCAAUCACAGGACGCCCACUGACACCACACCCUUGUUACAGACAUUCCGUAACAAGACAUCCUCUACUUGGUCAUUAUGACGUUCCAAUGCCUUUAAACCACUUAAACUGUGUGUUUUUUAAACAUAUUAUUACAACAAAUGUUGUAAUAUUGGGUACAAAUACCACUGUUAAGUGAAAUGAGUCAUUUAUUUCCAAAAUACACUUUUAACAUUUGAGCCACCCUAUUUUGAUUGUGAAAACUUCAAAUUAUUACCAAUAUUCUUUUUUCACGCCUUUUUAGUGGUUGAAGGCAAUGACUUGCUGGUUGUGUUGUGUUACCUCUAAGAAAGCACAGCCUCAACAGUGAGCUUUCAACACUCCAAAAAUGUAUCCACUAAAAAGGGCAAGCAGUGAAUCAUUUGCAAAUCAAUUUUAACAUACAUCAGGAGGCAAAACAAUAAUGUGUGUUGAAUAAAAUAAUGAUCGAACUAAGCCUUGUACUGUCUUGAUUAAUCUGAUUUGUAUUAAUUAUUUGAUGACAUUUUCUUUCAUCUACAUUUCAAAGCACCACUAAAGCUGCCUGUAAAUAAACAUU